AUGGCGAAUGCCAUAGGCUUAUCUCUGGGAACUGAUGUAUCCCUUAAUGAACGUUCGUGUUCUUAUACCGAAUACAGCACCAGCUGUUACACUGCCGGUACCGAUGGCAAUCGAGUCAUAAGCGAAGAACAGUUCAACUUUAUGGUUGUGGAAAUGGAGUCUGCCGCCGUGGACACAGGAUACACUGGCAUCUGCUACACUGCAGAGAAUAUGGGAUGUGGCGAUGAAAACCAAUAUACCUGUACUACUCGAGCCAUUGUCUAUUCAGAGACCAGUACAGAGUUAGGAACCUGUGCGUUGGAUCACAUUGCCACGGCGUAUAAGAAUUUAUAUUCCGAAUGCGGCGCUGCAGGAGGUGUUCGAAGUGUCCUUGUAGCCGGCGAGGGUGGAAACGUGGUUGAUUAUACUCUAUACGCGACAACGGACACAGUUGAUGCUUGCCCAAGCAGCUAUCUUCGGACUGCGAUCACCUGCGAUGACGACUGUUACGAUGACGAUUUGAUCAUCUAG